UUUGGUCAUGGAGGAGGGUCCUCGGUCAGCUGUUGCGCGCCCGGCUGCUCCAGGAUCCAACCCGCACCUCCUGGACUCUUCUCAGUGCCGACUCACCGUCUGGGGGAAACUCCGCGGCCCCGUAUACAAAAAACUGCUGCCCCGAAGUGGACGUCGAGGUCUUAAAGGGAAGAGAAGCUGGUGGAAAGUGUGCGCUCUGAUCGACAAGUGGACUUUGUUUCGUCGGGUAACGGUAAUGCGAGCAACACUUACCCCCCAUAGGAGACUAUUUUGGUCCUGGUGAAGUUAUUUAUAGCGGUGGGAUAUUGAAACAGGCGUUCCGGUUUGGUGCAGUCGUGCAGGGACAGAAGUUGAACUGAUACCUGAACUUUUGGGUCUCGGUCUUUGGCGCACCUCUCCUCAGUUGGCAUGGCCGAGGGAGACUUUUACACGCUGGGGAGCCGCCAGAGGAUUCCCAGGGACCCGUUCGGAGAGUCUCCGUUCAGAGACCAGCUGGCGUCGCGGUUCAUGGAGGAGGACUUCGGGAUGCCGUCCUUCCCGGACGACCUGGCGAUGGACUGGCCCGGCUGGGCACGGCCGGCCCGCCUCACCGCGCGCCUCGGCACCUCUCCGUUCGGCAGCGGGUUACGCGCAGGCUUCCCGGCGCGCGCGUCCACGGGCGGCCCGCCGGUGUACACCGCGAGGUACAGCGAGCCCCGGAGCGCGCCCCCCGCCACCGGGGGCGAGCCCUGGAAGGUCUGCGUCAACGUGCACAGCUUCAGACCGGAAGAGCUGCACGUCAGAACCAGGGACGGCUACGUAGAGGUGUCGGGGAAGCACGAGGAGAAGCAGGAGGAGGGCGGCAUCGUGACAAAGAACUUCACAAAGAAGAUACAGAUCCCGAUAGACGUGGACCCUCUGACAGUCUUCGCCUCCCUGUCUCCCGAGGGCGUCCUCAUCAUCGAGGCUCGGCAGACUCCUCCCUACCACCUCUUCAGCAGCGAGGGGCCUCAGGGGGGGGAGGUACCCGAGGCGGAGUCCCCCAUGCCCCAAGAGCCACUCAUGAUGUAGUCAAGCCGGAUGCCACCGGCCCCGCCACCCAAAACAUCACCACUCGCCCGGCCGCAGAGCGCCAACACAGCCCAGGGCAGGGUGCAUAGGGUCUCAGUGGCCCUCAGCUUCAAGUUAUUAGACAGCUUGUUUUUUUUAUAAGUGUAAAAUACAGAACAUAGAUAUUUCUAGUUGAAUUGUGAAAUUGCAGUAUAAGAUAAAACUUAUCAACCCCACAUAAUGGUAUGUAUGAAUGUGUCUGUAUAUGAAUCAGCGGUCCAUCACCUACUGUAAUUUACUUAACCAUCUUACAUCCUCCCCAGGAUGCAAUCCUUAGAAAGUAUUGUAGCGAAUUCAGGGGGCAGCUGGGAACCGCCGCAACUGGGACGCAAACCUGGUGUGGGCGACCACGCCCAGAUAGCAAAAUUGCUGUGGCCCAGACCCGUCCCACGCUGACACUUUCAUCCGGCCCACAUACCGCGUGGAAUGAUGGCACUUGGGCAGUCCACUCCUGUUUGCCAGAUCCGGGCCAGAACCAAGCCAUAGCAAUGCCGCAUGUGCCACAUAUUUGCCAAAGGUGACCUAUAUUUGUUUUGUGAUAUUUGGGCCAUAUUCACCAUUUACCACACGGGCCACUUCAGGGUCACAUCCAGAUUAAAUGUUGCCGAGAGCACCACAUCUUUGCCAAAAAAGGCCCACAUUUGAUUUGGCAUGUUUGGGCCGUAUUUGCUAUUAUACAUGUGGGUCGCUUCAGGCUCACAUCCAUUUUGUCAGGGCCAGAAGACCAUCUGUGCCGCAUCAUUGCCUGAAGUGGCCCACAUCCGGAUGCUAUCCGGGCGCUAACCAGUUUACUAGCACUGGCUCCGGAUUCGUGUCCUGGCUGCGGCAGUUCCUGGCUGCCCCCGGAAUUCACUACAGUAUGAAACCUGCCACAGCCUUAUAUUCUUAUUGUCUCGUCGUUGUAUUACAAAAAUGUGCACUCUGUACCACUUCCACAUUUCAAUUAAAGUGCCAUUUAGUUGAUCAUUCUCUACUGGAACAGAUGCAGUGUCCCAGCAUCUCUGAUCUCUCCGUAUAUUCUUCUUUUCUUCCUUUGUACUCUGGUUUUCCUUUAAACAUGAUGAUGAACCCUCUUGACCUGGAGAAUCCAUGCAGUGCCUUUAUUUCCCUUGGUACUGCGGUACUGUUACACUAGUUCAUCCUUCAUGUUAUGUUUCAUGUUUGAACGGGAGUAAAAUUGACAGAUUAUUCAUCUAAAAAAAAAAUCUUUUAUUGCUUAAUUUUUCAGAGGACGAGUCAGGGGCCUUGACACUGGGUUCUAACUAGGGGCAAUGUAAAUAUAUCACCAUAUGUACCAAUCUGGAAUUAUAAUACCAAAUUCUUUUUGAUUUACAUUUUUGAUUUUGAUUUUUUUUGUUUUUUUUUCUAUUUGAGUGUGUAAUUAGAAGAAUGUGUGGUUUUGGUGCAGCGAGAAUGACUUCAUGUUGUCAGGGCUUCUGUUUCCCCCCCCCCUCCCUCCUUCUUUUCCCAACAGUGUCUUUUUAUUGGUUGAUGCAAUAAAAAUCUGCCUAUCUCCA